AUGUCUGCUAUUAAGUGGGAUACUUGGAACGAUCAGAUCACUCAACUCUACGUCACUGAAGACAGAUCUGCGGAGGAAACAAUCAAGACUCUGAAUCAGAAACACAAACUAAGGAUAACUAUAAAACAGUUCAAGAAGCGCUAUUCAGGCCUCAAGAAGGUGCGCGCCAACGAAUGGAGAGCCAUUAAACGAGAGAUGCAAAAGCAAAAGGCCGCAGGCAAAGAAUGUCUGAUCUUCCUCAACGGGCGCCAGCUUGACCCUGAGCGGGUUGCUAGAGAACUGCGUCGAUAUAGCGGCAUUCGCGGUCGAGAUGUGGAGGAUGGUGGUGUCCCAAUUGACAUUGGCAUCGAUACCUCAGGCCUGCACCGGCUAGAAUUGCGCACAAAGAUCCUCCCCAGGAGCGAUACUCUGUCAGAUACCCGGUCGAGCAUUGUACGGCUUCCCUCCAGAGCGGAUGUCACUCGUGUCGCAGACCCUUGUGGCCCAAAUUUAAUGAACUUCAACCCUUCCUCUGCAGAUGUGUACUCCUUUGAUUUCGAUUGCAGUAACAUCAGCAUGAGCACUCCUUGCUUCACUGAGCUUCUGGUCCAGAAAGGUCCCCAGGACAUGCUACACGUGCAAAGCAUCCCUCGUCCACGAAGUGGUCGAGAAAGUGCUGACGGGACUAGCGAGGGUACGGCAUCAUCGAUUUCCCAGCGACGGUGUCCAACACCAGAUUAUGUUAUUCCUGACUUCUGCCUUUCUGAUUCAAGCAUGGUAUUUAAAACUCGUCCCAAAAUACCAGCUCGCUUCUUGGGGAUGCUAAAUGGAAUUGCAUUAAAUAUCUCUCGUACGUAA